UAGUGUUUUGUUGUCUUGUUGACCGUUUUAUUUGCUUGUUUUGAUAUUGAAUUUCGCACACUUGUCAUUCCUCGGAUGAAUGUCACGUGCGCUCUGAAUGUCGACACCGGUAACAAUAAGUCCUGCAUCUUUGGGGUGUUGAAUAGAGAACGGAAUAUCACGUGUCAAUGCACGUUUCAAAUCUUACAACGAUUGCAUUAUAUUUAUUGCUUGGACACAUUUUAAUCAUAAGUAUACGUACGACCUUGACAUGAAAUCUGAAAAAGUUAGCGUUAAUCCUCAUCAACUCUCCCCAACCGCUCAUUUUCCCUUAAAAAAACGUAGAGGAAGGAUUACGAAAUUAAUUGAGUCAAAAUCUCCAAUCGAAGUUGACGCCGAUUUCCCAUCAACAGAUAUAGAUUUUCCAAACAAAAGUGAUAGUCAAUUGAAUUUGUUGAAACAAAAAAACAACAUGGUUUUCCCAAGGAAAAGAGGUAGGCCAUUUAAGAAUGAUCCAAGCGUUAAAAGGUCCAAGCUAACUCAUCCAAAUAAAGGUAGGAAGACAAUAAGUAAAAAUAAAAGAAGAGGUCGUCCAAAAAAGUCAAAUCUUCUUGGUGUAAGAAAUUUUUCUACAAUAGAUGAAUUCAUAAACUAUGAAGAAAUUGUUUCUGAGGUAGAAAGUGAUGUUUCCAAAACCAACAUUAAAACGACUGAAUCUACAGUAAAAGAAUUAGACGGUUCUCUUAAUAAGGAAAAUGAAAUUAUGGAAAUCAAUUAUCAAAGGGAAGAAAGCUCAACAAUUGAUAUCUCUGAUGUUUCCAAUGAGGCUACAAAAAAUACCAAAAAAUUAGAUGUACCAAAAAAACGUAGAGGACGCCCAAAAAAAUCAUAUGGUUGUAGUAAUUUAGCUGAAAAUUCUUCUAGUCAUGAUACAAAUUUAAGGAACUCAAGAAAAUCUUCUGGAAAAUGUAUAAAUCCUUGUUUUAAAGAUUUAUCUAGUGAAAGUUCAAGCAGUAAUAAUGUAGAUAAAAACAAUAUAGAUGACAUCGAUAGAAUUCAAUGUACCAAGAUUACUGUAAAAGAUAAAAAAUUAAAAAAAAGAGGUCGACCAUUGAGAUCACAAACACAAAGAGAUAGUGAUAAUCUUGCAAAAAUAUUUCUGGGUAAUUUACGUUUUCACGAUAAUACUUUAGAAAUAAGUUUCAAGAAAAAGCCCCAAAAUGUAGUACUUGAUUUUCUUGGUGCAUCUGAUUAAAGAUAUUAGGAAAUCCACUCUUAACAAUUUGAAUAGAAAAUAUUAUUAAUUAAACACAAAUGAAACUUAUUAUUCAAUAAUUAUUUUUUAAAAAGCUUUAAUGAUGUUAAAGAUGAAAACUUUAUCAAUUAGAGAUAUGUAUAAACGUAGAUGGUUACACAAUUUUUUUUUUAAAGUUCUAUUUUUCAAUUCUUAAAACAUUUUUUAUUGUAAAUUGCAAAUUUCUACGACAACUAACUAAACCAUCUUAAUUUUCACGGCUUUUUGCGUUUUUCAUUUUAAAAAAUAAAAGAUUUGGUAAUAGUAAUUUUUUUAAUUCCCAAAAAAAGUUUGUACAUAGAGUUUUUUAGUUAUAUUUAUUAUAUUUUAUAAACAUGAAUCAUUCACGAUCUGAAGCUGUUUUAUAAAGAAUACACUUAUAUGUACAAUUAUUUGUGAGAGAGCUUUAAUUAAAACUUUAUUU